CAUCUCCCUUCACUCGCUCGCUACCUGCAAGCAGCCUAUGGCGAUGGGUGGCUGAGGGGCGCAGACUCAACUCCCCUCCCAUGGCUUCCCUCGCCUCCCCUGCGGUCCCCUCCCACGGGCCAGCUACCGCCGCUGGCUUCCUCCCCGCUCCGGCCAGCCGCAGCAGACGCCCUCCUUGCCUCCCCAGCCCCUCGCCGCCGUCCGCUUCGGCCCUCUUCUCGUCUGCCUCCGCUCGCUUCCCCCACUCCCCGCGCGCCCCCUGCAGCGCCGCCCGCCAGCGCCAGCGCCGGCGCGACACCGUGCGGGCAUGCUCCCAAGCUGGUGCUGCUGGACCGGCUCCACUGUUAAAGACUCUAACAGACCUAAAGGAUUCCUGCUGGAGAUUUUUGAGACCACACACAAUUCGUGGAACUGCUCUGGGAUCCACGGCGUUGGUUGCUAGAGCAUUGAUAGAGAGUCCCCAAUUGAUCGAUUGGAGUUUGGUAUUUAAAGCAUUCUAUGGGCUUGUAGGAUUGAUCUGCGGCAACGGUUACAUUGUUGGGAUUAAUCAGAUCUAUGACAUCGGAAUCGACAAGGUAAACAAGCCAUAUUUACCUAUUGCUGCUGGUGAUCUCUCAGUUCAGUCAGCAUGGUUCUUGGUCGUAGCAUUCGCGGUGGUGGGCUUCACAAUUGUCGUUUCAAACUUUGGACCUUUCAUUACCUCUCUUUACUGCCUUGGUCUAUUUCUUGGCACCAUUUAUUCUGUUCCUCCAUUCAGACUGAAGAAAUACCCAGUUGCUGCUUUUGUUAUCAUUGCCACGGUUCGUGGAUUUCUUCUCAACUUUGGAGUUUACUAUGCUACCAGAGCUGCUUUAGGUCUUACAUUUCAAUGGAGCUCGCCUGUUGCUUUUAUUACAUGCUUUGUGACAAUAUUUGCUUUGGUCAUUGCUAUAACCAAAGAUCUUCCGGAUGUUGAAGGAGAUCGCAAAUUCCAAAUAUCAACUUUGGCGACAAAGCUUGGUGUCAGAAAGAUUGCCUUCCUUGGCUCUGGUUUAUUGUUGGCAAAUUAUGUUGCUGCUAUUGUUGUACCUUUUCUCAUUCCUCAGGCGUUCAGGGGCACUGUAAUGGUGCCUUUCCAUGCUGCUCUUGCAGUUGCUUUGAUUUUACAGACAUGGAUUCUAGAGCAAGCGAAAUACAGUAAGGAUGCUAUCUCACAGUACUACCGGUUCAUUUGGAAUCUCUUCUAUGCUGAAUAUAUCUUCUUCCCGUUAAUAUAGAGACAUGGCGUCUGACCUGGGCUACAUGAUCGGAGCACAAGAAUAUGAAUUUGUUGGAACGACAGAAGAUUAAUCGUGUGCGUAUAAAGCGCGAGCAUUUUUGUAAAUAUUUUGACUGGUAGGGAGAUAGAGCAGUGGUGCUACAAGGAUGUCGAAAGAUGUCAUGGGAGUUUCAUGUGGAGCUUGGCGUUGAUCAGUUACCGUUGCCCAAUAGAUCAUCCCAAGCUUUCCAUGUUUCCGCCAAGGGAAGAGGAAAAUCAGGUCUCGUGACUUCAGUGCAAGGGACCGUGAGCCUGAGCCAGGUUCAAAACGGGGCGAGCUUUUCUCUGACUAGUUUCAGCGAACCUUGUACAAAAUCUGGUCAACUUCAAAGAAAAUUGAAUUCCAGAAUUUGGGUGAGGUACUUCCACGAGGUUUAUUACAUACUGCGGUGUGUCAUCUGCUUGGCCUCGCUGCGUAUGUCUUUCUGAGGUUCAGUAUGUGUGUUCCUUUGACAAUUACUUCUGUCUAAAGAUAUAGUACAUUGCCUUGUAA